AGUGCUCCGCAGCCAUUGGAUCAAGUGAUAUCCCCUGAUCUCAAGCCGCUUCCCACCCCAAAGAUCUGAGAAAAUGGGAGGAGCUGGAUCCACCGCCAGCGCAGUGGCCGCGGGAGUUGGCAAAAUGAAUGAAGGGGACUUGAAGGAGAUCGUCAAGGCCUUGGACAAGAAGACCUUGGCCGCGCUGCACAAGGUGGUGACGGAGGUCUCCGCGGGCGCUGAGGCGGAGAAGCAAGCGGCCACCAAGGCCAAGCGGGACGCGGAUCCGGAGCUCGAUUCAGAAGGUGUUUGGCUUCCAAGAAAAGACGCGAAACUUGGGGACGAUCGCCGUGGUCCUGGGAAUCACCUCCAGGCCAUCGAGGAAGCUGGUGACAACAUGCGACGGGCACCUUUCACUUGCUUGGACCACAGAGGAUGUGCCCAAGGUUCUGGAGGAAGCUGGCCUCAGGGGCAAGUGUCCGGAGGGUUUGAACGGCAAGCAGUUGGUCUUGGAGGAUGUCUUCCCUGGAAAAGAAGAUCAGGAGACUUGGGACUUCAUGCUCGGACAUGUUUCUUACCGUUGGUUGGAAGAUCAACACCAUUCAAAGAAGCCCUUCACUCCUCCCAGCGCCGUAUGUGACCACUAUGUCUUCAAGUGGGAUGCGGCCAAGACCAAUGCGUUCUUGAAGAAGAUCGGCUUGCCGGAGUAUGGUAGCUGGGUGGUUUUGAAGCCCCACAAAGACCAGGUCCGUGGUUUUGUCAACUCGCCUCCUUGAAUUGUAACCCCUUCCAAUCUUAUGGGGUUCCGGGCGGUGUUUCACCGAGGUCUCGAUGGUGCCACUUUGAUGAAGAUGUUGGUGCAGGACACCUACUCGGAGAUGCAGAAGGAGAAGCUGAUGCAGGGUCUGAAGGCUGAGGUGGUACUCUUCAUGGAGGAGGUCUCCAAGCUCCUGUGAGGCCAAUGGCCAGCCUCCAAAGUCGGUAGCGUGUCAGGCUCACUUCUUGUGUCACACCCCCAGCGCGUACUGGUUCAUCCCACGCUGGUUCAGUACUUCAACACGCACAGCAGCAGCAUCCCACUCACUCCUCACUCUGCUCACUUGAAUGUUUCACGACUUUGGCACGCGCCGCUGUGUGUUCACUCAGAACACACCAUGGGCUCAUCCCACUCAAUUCGCUGCUGCUGCAUGGGCUCUCUCUGCUUUGCGGAAGUUCCAGCAGUCGCUAAAUGCGUGGUCGAUUCGGCUGAGAGUCACCUAACCUUGGCCAAUCGCUUUCACCUAAACUGUCAAAAACUCACCACUUUGCCCAUGGCAGUGGUGCCCCACAUCGGCUGGAUC